UUAAGCCAGUAUGUGCUAAAAUGAUCCUUUACAGAGUUACUGAAAAUGUCACUCUGACCCCCACAGCUUGAUGUAGCCAGAAUACCACAUUUGCAACUUCAGAGUGGCGAACCGCAUGUUGCCUGCAUGUUUUAGAUCAUGAACACAGCUGGUUUGUUUCAUUUAGUGAUGAACCACUCCUGUAGAAACUAAUGAAGAACGAGGAGACAUUUCAGCACUUAGAUUAAGGUGUUAAGAAGACGAACGCACAACGAGGAGAUAAGUUUCUCCGCCCUCUCGGUCUGCCAGGCAACGCCUCCUUGUGGUGCAUUUUUUGACACAGGAAAUGGGAGUGGAAUAAGACUCUGGUAGGGGGUGACUUGCUCUUUAAUAAACCAUUCUGUGCCUUUAUUGUGGCUUAAUAUGGAUACCUUUAUUUGAUCUGUAAUAUACUUAUCAGUAUCUACUCUGUCACAUAAACUCACAUGUGUCUGUCCAUCUUUAAGAGCAAUUUUCAUUCAUUCAUUUAUUGAACUCAACUGUUGUUUGUCAUUGAGACUAUAAUCUUUAAAAUAAAGAGACAGGAAACAAAAGUUUCUUUAUCUAGACCUGGAGAAUCCUUUAAGACAAAUUUCAGACAUUAAAAUCGUCACAGGAACCCUGUCAACAACCAACAGCAUUAUUGGCUUAUUAAUUAAUUGAUUAAUUAAUACAGUAACAUUGUUAAUAAACACGUUUUGUAGACUAAUCAGUCUACUUUAAUCACAUCUUUCUAGGUGUUGAUUUGUUUCCUGACAUUUAAGAAAUAUUAGCUCCCCUUUGGCUUUCUGUGUCCAAAACUAAAACAUGACAGACCUGGGAUUAGGAGCACCGCUGUAUCAAUGAAACGGUCAACAAAUUUCAAGUUAUUUAAUGAAACGAAAGGACACGUUGCUUAUUGCAUCUUGUUCCAUGUAAAUAUUUAUCUAAAAAUAAGCUGGACACAAGGCGAUCACUGUUUGUCUCUCCCCGUUUCCCAGCCUCACCUCCUCCUGAUGUUUGGACAUAAACAAACAGCUCUGGAGCCAAAGCAGAAAGAGAACCCAGACAGGCACACAGAGGGCCAGUAUAUUUAUGUAUCAGGCUGCCUGUGGGAGUUUUGGUUCCCUUCACAGUGAGUCCUGCACCGUAGCAUCCAGACAUGGCUCUUUGGGUCCUACAGGUCUUCCUUGCUCUCAGCUUCUCUCUGCUCUGCUGCAGCCACGUUCUACGCCAAAAGAAAGGUGCUGUAAUCAGACCGGCUAGAGCUUUGGGUCCAAAGGAAAGUGAUGUGAUGACUGAGCUUGAGAAGCUGUGGCAGGAGGUGAACUCGCUGAAAGAGAUACUGAUGCUGCAGACAGUGUGCCUCAGGGGCUUCAAAGCCAACAGAAAGUGUUACCUCACAGUCGAGGAACCAAAACAUUACCACGAAGCAAAUGAAGACUGCAUCGCUCAGGGAGGGACUCUCGCAACACCACGAGAUGUGCUGGAGAACAACGAGCUGAGAGACUAUGCAAAGAGAAGUGCCCCAGAGACCAGGGACUUCUGGAUCGGUGUGGCAGACAUUGUGAAAGAAGGCCAGUAUGUGGACGUCAACAGCCUGCCAGUCAGUUACUUCAACUGGGAUCGCUCCAAGAAGCAGCCAACGGGUACAAAGAGGGAGAGCUGUGUGGUGCUUUCAGUGGCUGCACAGGGAAAGUGGUACGAUGAGGUGUGCAGAAGCCUGAAGAAGUACAUCUGUGAAUAUAUCAUUCCCUAAAGUAAAACAUGCACAAGAGUUUAAGGAGACGGGAUGAAAGUGUUAGGUUACCAGUUUGUGACAGAAAGAUGACUGUUGUGAUUGUUUAGGCUGUCAGAAAACUACCAAAACACAGUACUUAUCAAAAACAUCAAGAAACAUGAAUUUCUCUUUAGUACAAUGAAAAGGUCUCAGAGAAAGACCAAUUUAUGUGCAAAGAUAACAAAAUAAAUAUAUAAAAGUU